AUGGCUAUUCUUGAAACAAAAGUACAUAGUACUAAUGUUAAUAGAGUAUGCUCUAGUAUUUGGGAAGGUUGGGAACAUUGUAGUAAUGUGAGGGAUGGUUCUAUAGGCAGAAUUUGGAUUGGAUGGAAUAAAGCUACUAUUAGACUCAAUGUUAUUUCGGAUGAUACCCAAUACAUGCAUUGUGAUGUGAAGCUUAUAAGGGAAAACACAAACAUUGGCUUGACAAUAGUCUAUGGUAGCAAUAACCCCAUGGAGAGGAAGGUUUUUUGGCGUAGUCUCAUAAAUAAAUCCCAUAUGAUGCAAAACUCCCCUUGGAUUAUAUUGGGUGAUUUUAAUGCUAUUAAACACCCUCAAGAAAAGGUUGGUGGGGCACCUUGGGGUAAUUACUACUAUGAAGACCUUAGAAAUUGCAUGAGGGAUGCUGAAUUGGAUGACCUAAGGUUCAUGGGUCAUCUCCUAACUUGGAGCAAUCGUAGUGAAGGUGAGAGAAGGAUUGCAUGCAAACUAGAUAGGGCUCUUAUAAAUGAUUCUUGGAAGGAUAUAUUCCCAAAUGCUAUGGCUCAUUUCCUCAACCCUUCUAUAUCUGAUCACUCUCCUUGCAUGGUAAGAAUAGGAACCAUAAAAGGUUGUAAGAAAGUCCCUUUUAAGUUCUUUAAUAUGUGGACCCACUAUGAAAACUUUCUUGACAUUGUUGUUGAAGUUUGGAACAAAGAAGCUCAAGGCAGCCCCAUGUUUAAUGUGAUAAACAAACUUAAAAAGCUGAAAGUUGAGUUAAAAAAGUUCAAUAAGGAGUCUUUUGGCCACAUAUUCAAAAAAGUGUUAGAAGCUAGAAGGCAACUUGAAAAUAUCCAAGAGCUUCUCCGGAUAAACCACUUGGAUGAGGAACUUGCCCAAGAGGAAAAAUUCAGUUUGGAAUCCUAUAGAUCCCUCUCUUUAGCUGAGGAAUCUUUGGCUAGACAAAAAUCAAAGGUUCAUUGGUUGAAGGAAGGUGAUCAAAAUACAAAGUUCUUCUUCAAGAGCAUCAAAGGUAGAAGGAAUAGGAAUUCCAUCUAUGGGAUCCAAAGGGAGAAUGGAUCUCUUGUACACAACAUAGAGAAGGUCAAGGAGGAAUUUGUGGAACGCUUCAAAUCAGUCCUUAAUGGAAAUGAGCAUUCAAAUGUGGAUCUUGAGAAGCUCAAAAAGUUAGUCAAAUUUCAGCUUGGAUGUGAGGAAAAGGAUAUGCUUAUAAGAGAAAUUUCAGCGGAGGAGAUCAAAGAAACCAUUUUUGCUAUAGAUAAUAACAAAGCCCCAGGUCCAGAUGGAUAUGGUGUAUGUUUCUUCAAGGCAGCAUGGAACAUAAUUGGUGAUGAUGUUGUAAAGGCCAUCAUGCACUUGUUCAAAACGGGUCAUCUUUUAAAAGAGGAGCAUUAUGUUGAUGAUGAUGAGAUGAUCAAGAUCAUGGAGGAAUGUUCUAUAAGCACAUGUGGAGAGUAUGCUAUAUAA